GAGUGGGGGUGUGCCGCUCCACCGAGACGCUUUAAAAAUAGUUUUACAGGAACAUCAUCAGUUUGUUUUUGGCAUGAAAGGUCGGUAGUUAAAAGACGAAAAGCUCGCUAACUUGGUUGUCCUUUCCACGACAUAGGUAAGAUGACUUGACGAUGAACUAGACUACCAUGUCUGCUGAUUUUAAAGCGACUGAAUGGAGGAUGAAUCUCAGCGGUGGAGAACGGAUGAAAUGAUCCGUUCAGUGAGGCUGUUCCUCGGAGUUGCAUGGUGUUUGCUAUUAACACCUGCAAGGAAGGACCGUCUCAGAGACGGUUGCGAGGCUGUAGGCACAUGAGGAUAUUGUUGAGACCCUGGGCAUUGUUCCGGAAUGGACCAAGGUCCAGGACUAGGGUUCAACUACUAUGACCCACCUGACAUUUACACACGUUAAACAGUAGCCUAUCAAAUAGUCAUACGCCGACUAUAUAGUGCUUGGGCGGUCUUACAUUCUAAGGACUGGACACGAAUCCAGUUAUCUAGUCUCUUCACAAUAGUUUUCAUAUAGGGAGUGGAUGUGAUGUGACAUCAGAUUAACGGAUUCUGUCCUUUUAAGGCAAACGGAUGGAAACGGCCCAACGCGGUCUGAUCCAUGGUCUCAAUGGUCAGAAGGUCAGGAGAGCUGAGCGUCACACGUGUUUAGGAUACACGUGACUUAUUCCGAUUUUUCAAAACAAGGCUUUAAUAAUAAUAACAUUAUAAUAAAAAAUAAACAUACGGAAAUUAGAUUAAUUGGAUUAUAUUUAGGAAUCAGGACAACUAUGACUCUGCAGUCACUCAAAAUCAUGACUAUAAUUUUAGUAAUUUUAAAGUUAAAGUCCCCCAUCUUUACAUUAAAAUGACUGUGUCUGGAACUUGCUGUGAAAAAUCAUUGCUCCAUAAUUCCUGACAGUGACUGAUACACCUCUGAAGAACAGAUUCAGAGGGUGCUGAGACCAACCAUUGAUGGCUGUGUUGUGUGCCCUCCAAUUAAGCUGAGCUCAUCAGUGCUUUGCUAGAACAGAGGUUUCAGGUGUUCUACUUUCACAAGAUUAUUUCCACGACAUGGGUAAUAAGAUGAUGGACGCCGAGGCCUCUGCAGAGCCUGAGCUACAGAUGGCCAUCAAGUGUCGUGACGUCUGCCGGUCCUACGGCAAACUGAAGGUCAUCAGCAACAUGGACCUGACUGUUCCACAGGGACAAAUUUAUGGCCUGUUGGGGCCCAGUGGAUGUGGGAAGACCACGCUGUUAAAAUGUAUCGUAGGAACUCUGAAGAUCUCCCGGGGCCACAUCAGUGUUCUGGGAAAACCUCCUUCCUUUCCUGGUCAUGAAGUUCCUGGCAGGAUGGUUGGAUACAUGCCACAGGAUUUGGCGCUGUAUAACGAGUUCACAAUCAGUGACACACUCACAUUCUUUGGACGCAUUCACGGACUGACCUCCAAGGAGACCCAGGCCCGCAUGGACUUCCUGGUGGACUUCCUGGACCUACCUCAGAAGUGCAGGCUGGUCCGAAAUCUCAGUGGAGGCCAGAGGAGGAGGGUGUCCCUCGGAGCUGCUCUGCUACAGAACCCACAGCUUCUAAUUCUGGAUGAGCCCACAGUGGGAGUGGACCCUGUGUUAAGAGCCAGGAUCUGGCAGCAUCUGGUGGAGAUAGUAAAGACGGGAAAGGUGUCGGUCAUCAUCACAACACACUACAUAGAGGAGGCCCGUCAAGCUAAUGUGGUUGGUCUUAUGAGGAACGGCCGUUUGCUGGCAGAAGGAAAUCCACAGGAAGUGAUGCAUCAGCUCAAUGCAUCCACGUUGGAGCACGCCUUCCUCCAGCUCUGUGAGACGUCAGACCUGAUGGACUCAAAGCAGGGCAGCAGGCAGCAGGGGGAAAGCAAACAUUCACUUGAGAGCGGACAGGACGAGAGCCGACCCAUUCUUAGCGUAGGACCAGGAGGAACACCAGAGGACAUACCUAAACAUGCUGUGGAUUGGAAGGUACGAGCCAGGCAUGUGCUUCCCAAGUGGAGGAACAUCUCAGCGCUGAUGAUAAAGACCCUGAUACGGAUGAAGAGGAUGCCUGGGUCGUUGUGCUUCCAGUUCUUACUGCCGGUCAUCCAGAUCUCCCUUAUGUGUGUGUGCAUUGGAGGAGACCCCAAGGGCGUCCGGGUGGCUGUGGUGAACAACGAGACAUCCUCCUCUGGCUACAGCCAGCUGCUGCUGGGCUUCCUAGACAACUCCAGUAUAGAGCAGGUACCGCUGAGCCACGCAGACGCCUUCACUGGGAUCUACAACGGAGAGUACUGGGGGGUCCUCGGCUUCGGACAGAACUUCUCCAGCUACAUGACCAGGAGGGCUCUCCACCCGCAGGUUUCUAAAGAUGUGGUCGAUGGAGGCUCAGUACACGUCUGGCUGGACCUGACAAAUCGACAAAUUGCUCUGAUGCUCCAGAAGAAAGUCUUCCAGGCCUUUCAGGAAUUUGUAGAUUAUGAACUGGACAGCAAGGCCUACAUGGUGGCUCUGCCUAUUAAGAUAGAAGAGCCGAUCUAUGGAAGCCUCAACACUGACUUCACCACCUUCAUCACUCCGGGAGCCGUGCUCAGUAUCACCUUCUACCUGGCGGUGGGGCUCACGGCGCUCUCCUUUGUCCUGGAGAGGAAGGAGGGUCUGCUGGACAGGUGCUGGGUGGCAGGUGUGAGCUCUUUAGAGACGAUGUUGGCCCAUCUUCUGUCUCAGCUGUUUGUGAUCAGUGUCCAGAUCCUUCUCAUGCUGCUAUUCGUCCUCUUGGUUUUCAAGAUCCCUAACGAGGGCUCUCUGAUGCUGGUGGUGGCCCUCAUCGUGCUGCAGGGCGUUACUGGCAUCGCCUUCGGCCUGGUCAUCUCCGCCGCCAUCGACGACGAGCAGAGUGCCAACCAGGCGGCCUUAGGCGUCUUCUACCCCAACCUGGUGAUCAGUGGGGUGAUCUGGCCUGUGGAGUGUAUCCCCUACCCUCUGCGCUACCUCAGCCUGGCGCUGCCUCAGACCUACGCCUCAGAAGCACUGCGCUGCAUCAUGUAUAGAGGUUGGGGCCUAGGUCACAUGAUGGUGUGGCGCGGUUUUGCGGUCACGUUGGGAUGGAACACCUUUUUCCUCCUUCUGGCCACCAUCAUCCUGAAGCUCAGGACGUGACAACCCAGCCUUCAGGGCAGCCUGGACGGAGGGCAUCGGUGUUAGCCUGUCUGGUAAGGACAGGGAGGAGGAACGUUGGGACAGGGAGUGUGGGGGUUAUAGAGUGGCCCAAUGACCAUCAUUUUCCGAAACAAGCUUGAACCAACACACAAUUGCACAAGCAUGCACGUAUAUUUCCUCUUUUUAUUCCACAUAUCUUUUCAUAUGAGUGAAUUCACAAUUUCAUUGUAUUAUAGUUGAGAAGUUACAUUGCAUACUUCACAGAAUACGAAUUGAACAAUUGACAUGGACAGAAAGUCGGACAGAAUGUCACUUGUUUGUUUGGCACUAUUUAAUCCCCCCAGAAUGCACUGCGCCUAAACUCAGGGCAAGGGACAAUAUUGUUUACUCCAGUGCAGAUAUUAUCCAACCUUAACCUAGUAAUAAAUACAAGUGCACCUUUAGUCUUACACAGAAAGGGACAAUUUAUAUGGAUGUAUCAGUGGUGUGAUAUCAGAUUAUAUUCAGUAUUGUAAGGCAUGGUUUUGGCAACAUAGUUAGAGCAAAACAGUUAUGGGUCAAAAGAAGAAAAUAGAAUGACCAACAAGGUGUAUAUUCCAGCUUAUCCUCCAAAAUAGAUGCAAAUGUCUCUCUUGCCACCUCUUUAUUGUGUUCAGACCUUCUCUAUGGUGGCUGCAUCUUGUACAAGGUACCACUCUGUUCAUUCUUUUGAACUGAUUCAUGAUUCAAGAGGUUGCAGGUAUCAAAAUACAACACAACACACGUUGUGUUGUAUUCGAUGCCUGAAAUCUCAACAUGCUAAAUGCUACCCUUGUGAUUUGGUGCCACAUUCUGGCAACAAAUUAAAUGAAUUGCCUCACCAUGGUUAACAUGAAUAAAAAAUAUAGAAUAUUCAAACUCUCAUGGUUAGAACAACACACACAAAAGGGGAUUUUAAAGUGGCACGACACCCAGAACAAAUGCAAGGGCUUACAUCAGUGGGACAAAGUUUGAAAUAGAUUAGCUAACAGGGGCCAAGCACAACACAACCAUAUAGCUUAUUUACACCUGCAGUCCCUGUGCAGGAAGAUAUUAAAACAAUGCAGAACAAUAAAAAACAAUACAAUACAAACUAUUAAAAAUAACACAAUAGGUACAAUGUGCUCAAUCACCAUUGUGUUACCUCGGUUGGUGAUGGAUAGACUUAACAAACAUUAAUUAACGUGUUUGUUGUCUCUUCUGUACACUUUUAUAAUGCAAUCACUGUGCCAUCAUGAAGUAUUAACUUUGUAAUAUCAGCCAUUUCUGUCUCCUUCAGCCAUGUUUUGAAAGGGAUUUGUGAAUGCCUAAGAAAGUUGCUUCGUCUCAUGCACUGAUCCUGCUUACUCUAAUAAUUAACAUAUGCUAUUGCUUAUCAUUUUCCAGAAUUGGAGAAAUUGUGUUGUUCUUAGAAUUAUUUUAUUUGGGAUUGUUCUGUAUGAUUUCAUUUGAGGGCUGAAGGUGAUUAUGUUUCAAGCAACGUCAUCUGAAGUUUGAGGACACAAUCAUCUGAAGAGUAUUUACUGUUGAUAUGGUGUGACUCCUGUGCUGAAGACUCUGUUGUAUAAACAGUAUAUAUAUAUUUAUAAAAUCUGUAUUACAUGGGUGCAGCUAGCUCUGGCGGGACACUCUAGUCAUGUGCCCCUAUCAGCUGACAGCUAACGCUGUCAAAUGAAACGCACGCCCGCUGAUAGGCGGUCAAUUGAAGACCUUCCAUCUCAAACACAGUCUGCAAAGUUAACCACCACCCAUCUUUCACUUGCUUGUUCUGCUCUGUAUCACAUACUACCUCCACAAUGGGUUGAGAUAUCUGAUGUACACCAUGGGGGAUGUAUCGCGCUCCCUGUAGUCAUGUAUGUAUGCAGUUGGUAUUCAGUAUCUGACAUCUAUAUGUCAUGUUUUAAAUCCUACAGCAGGGAGCACCAGAAAAGGAUGGAACCAAACCGAAAAACUAAAGUGUGUUACCAUUUCAUGCAAUAAAUGGUUAAAUCUAUGAAACGAGUGAUUCCUGAAAGAAAUUGCUGUAUGACGUUCUUUUAGUUAUUGUAUAGCUUUACAUUUUUCCAAACUGACAAGUUAUGAGCACACAUGUUUAUUUUUUGUAUGUUUUAACGUGCAAUCCCUAAUAUGGAGAGAGUCUACGAAACAAAUCAUGUUAUGAUUCAGAUAAUAUACAUAAUAGUUGUGAAGGGAUGUAUAACACAUUGAUGUGCUAUAUUUUUCCAAAUUGCAUGUAUAGCACAUUGAUGUGCUAUACAUAAUUCAGUGAUUGAUCACUGCAUUAUUAUUGAAUACUGCAUAUUUGAAUGCUUGUUCCGAGUGGUGACUUCAUUCAGCCCUAAAGAGACGAAACAUGGCCGGUGUGUCUGAAAUUAACUAUCAUGUCCAUAUGUGGCCUUGUUUAGGUUAACCAUUACCUUGUGGCUGCUCCAAUCAGAGAGCUGCAUACCCUUCAGCCAAUGGCAGUGGGUGGUGAGCAAACUAAAAACAUUAAAUACAAUUAUUUGCAGUGACUCAGCAAUUAAAUCAAAUUACAAGCCUAUUAGAAAAAUAUUGACCCGGUUGCACCCAUCUUUUAGUCACAAAUGAAAAUGUACAAAUUCUUGAAGUAUACCAUAUUGUAUGCCAUUACCACACACUUUUGCCAGCAAAUAAUAUAAAUAGGCUACGUCAUUCCGUAAAUCUUUGUUGGAAUUGUUACAAUUUGCAGAUAAAAAAGACCUUUGAAAAAUGUGUUGUAGAACAUAAUGUGGGUUUACUGUCAUAAAGUGCCAGAAAGUUGAUAAUAUAAUUGACUCUUAUCUGUCAGCAUUUUACUGUCAUUGUUAUUUUUAUUCUCUAGAUAUUUCGCUAGUUUGCCUUUGUUGUCUUAUUAGUUCCACCCAAGUUAUUUAGUGGAUUUUGAGAAUCUGUUUUUUUUCUUGUGUGUUGUCGUGUAUUAAAGGUGUAAAGAUUUGAAGGUAGAAUAUGUAACAUUUCUGCAUUAAAAUAUCAAAAAACGUCUAGAAUCACUCUGUUAUAUAUAUUUGGGAGUUUUUCAUUAUCACAGUGGUUUCCAACAAUGUUCAAACUGUCGUGUAUAAAACCCACCGCCUAAGAUGUGUGUACAUUAGUGGUGUCGUUGGGGUUGGUCCUUGAUUAGGAUUGUGCAUAUUAUAAUUAGUCAUGCCGCAACCAUCAUUGGCAGAGGUCGGGAAGG